CAAAGGCACCACCACAUGCACGGCCUCUGCUAGCCAAAUCCCCACCGAGCAGCAUGUCCAUGGCAUGAUCAUCACGCACACUACACGGUGCGACUGGGAGCCGACCAAGCCCACGGAUACCGCAGCUUACCAACGCGAGGAAAAAGCACAACCAGGUGGCCGAAAUGGAGCUGGAGCAUUUUGACGAACGGGACAGAACACAGAGGUCCAGCCGUGGGGCGUCCCGGGCCAACGGGCUGCCGAGCCCCACUCACAGCGCCCACUGCAGCCUGUACCGCACCCGCACCCUGCAGGCCCUCAGCUCGGAGAAAAAAGCCAAAAAGGUGCGAUUCUACCGUAAUGGAGACCGAUACUUCAAAGGCAUCGUCUACGCCAUCUCCCAGGACCGGUUCAGGUCAUUCGAUGCACUGCUGGCUGACCUCACCCGCUCUUUAUCCGACAAUGUCAACUUGCCCCAGGGGGUCCGCACCAUUUACUCAGUUGAUGGGGCCAAGAAGAUCAUGAGUAUGGAACAGCUGGAGGAAGGUGAAAGCUAUGUGUGUGGAUCAAUAGAGCCCUAUAAGAAACUGGACUACACCAAGAAUGUCAAUCCUAACUGGUCAGUCAACAUGAAGACCACCGCAUCCUCACGAGCUCCACCCUCGUUGGCCAGCGCCAAGGCCUGCUCCUUGGACUCCAAGGAGACCAAGGACUUUAUCCGGCCCAAGCUGGUAACCAUCAUCCGGAGCGGAGUGAAGCCUCGCAAAGCCGUGCGGAUCCUCCUCAAUAAGAAGACGGCUCACACGUUUGAGCAAGUUCUCAGCGACAUCACUGAUGCCAUCAAGCUGGACACAGGAGCGGUCAAGAGGCUGUACACAGUGGAUGGCAAACUGGUGAUGUGCCUCCAAGACUUCUUUGGUGAGGACGACAUAUUCAUUGCCUGUGGACCGGAGAAGUUCCGCUACCAGGAUGACUUCCUACUGGAUGAGAGUGAAUGCAGGGUGGUGAAGUCGCAGUCAUACGGUCGGAUUUCGUCCAUGCAGGGCCGCUGCUCUCCUCGCAGUGGAGCUUCACGCAGGAGCAAAUCCCCCGCCUCCAACAGCUCAGCAAAUGGAACAGCAGGCAGUCAGCUGUCUACCCCUCGGUCAGGAAAAUCCCCGAGCCCCUCUCCCACCAGCCCGGCCAGCCUCAGGAGACGGCGGAGUUCUCAGCACAGUGGCUCCUCCCUCUCUCUGGCCUCCACUAAAGUCUGCAGCUCCAUGGACGAGGGCGAUGGCCCUGGCAGUGAGGCCGAGGUGAUGGAGGAGAGCCCUCAGGUCCCUGCCUCUAUAGCAGAGCGGUACAAGGUGGGGAGGAUGAUUGGAGAUGGAAACUUUGCAGUUGUGAGAGAGUGCGUGGAGAGAUCCACUGGCCGGGAGUACGCCCUCAAAAUCAUCAACAAGGGCAAAUGCAGAGGGAAGGAGCAUAUGAUCCAGAAUGAGGUGUCCAUUUUGAGGAGAGUGAAACACCCCAACAUUGUCCUGCUGAUUGAGGAGAUGGACACUUACAGUGAGCUCUACCUGGUCAUGGAGCUGGUGAAGGGAGGUGACCUCUUUGAUGCCAUCACAUCCACCAAUAAAUACACAGAAAGAGAUGCCAGUGGCAUGCUGUAUAACCUGGCCAGCGCCAUUAAAUACCUGCACAGCCUGAACAUCGUGCAUCGGGACAUCAAACCGGAGAAUCUACUGGUCUAUGAGCACCAGGAUGGCAGUAAGUCUCUGAAGCUGGGCGAUUUUGGCUUGGCCACAGUGGUAGACGGGCCUCUGUACACUGUGUGUGGCACCCCGACGUACGUAGCCCCGGAAAUCAUCGCAGAGAGCGGAUAUGGCCUGAAGGUUGACAUCUGGGCAGCUGGAGUCAUUACGUACAUUCUGCUGUGUGGUUUCCCUCCGUUCCGUGGGAGCACUGAGGAUCAGGAGGCACUGUUUGACCAAAUUCUCAUGGGACAGUUAGAUUUCCCCCUUCCAUACUGGGACAAUGUCUCGGACUCAGCAAAGGAGCUCAUAACCUGUAUGCUACAAGUUGAGGUCAACCAGAGAUACACAGCUCUGCAGGUGCUGGACCAUCCGUGGGUCAAUGAUGAUGGCUUGUUGGAGAAUGAGCACCAGCUAUCUGUGGCUGGAAAGAUCAAGAAGCACUUUAACACAGGCCCCAAGCUCAGCAGCACAGCGGCCGGCGUGUCUGUUAUAACAACCACCGCUCUUGAUAAGGAGAGGCAGGUUUUCAGACGAAGACGCCACCAGGAUGUGAGGUCAGCCGCUGCCGUCCGCGCUCCGCAGGGCGCUUUCCUGUCCAAGCUUUCAGUCGGUGCGGCCGCCCCCAGCCUGUCCCCCGCAGAGUUUACCUCCGAGUCCGAGGACUACUCCCCCAGCUCCGCCGAGACUGUGCGCUCGCCCAACUCACCAUUCUAACACCCUGCAGCCCCGAAAACAUGGAUGUAUGGAGUGGAUGGAUGGAUGAAAGUAAAAAUGGACUGGCAUCAUCUGACCCUGAGUGCUCUGUGGAGCUGUACACACGUGCAUGUUUUGACUAUUUUAUUUAAAAGAAAAGAGCACAUCCACAAUUCCCAGAGCUUCUUACUUUGAGGGAUUGUAUUCAUAUUGACUGGAAGCGUUUCUAUGAAGGUAAUACUAAGGUUAGUAUUAAGGGUUAGAACUAACUAAGGUUAGAAAAAUCACUGUUCAUUUUACAAUUGGCUGUGUUUAAGAAUUUUAAUACAGUCUUUGCCCUCAGUGAAGCACUUCUAACUUAAGACAUUAGACAAAAAACUUAUCAGUUUCAACAGAUUGAAUACCUUCAUCACAUUGACAGUUUGAGAUUUGAAUACAGUUUUUGCCCUCAAGCACAGCAGAGUAGCAGUUUCCUUUGGCUGAAAUUAGCUGCUGCAAAGUGAAUUAGAUUAUAAACUGACGGUAGGAAUUCCUCUUGGUUAGAAAAUUGUAGAUUGAUACCACUUUUAGUGCUAUAGCAGAGAACCUUGAAGCCUCUCUGUGCUCCAAUGAUAGACCCAGUUCCGUUUCAGCAUUUCUCUUUUGCGCCCUCUUGUGGCUCAGAUAGGAAGUGCGCUUCCACAAAAAUGGUUAGAUCAUUUUAAUGGUGAGCUCAUGUAGGAUUCUCCUUCUUACACACAAAAUCUGGUAGACCUUAUCAGAAUCUUCCACUGAAGUGAUGAAACCUCAUUAGGUGUGUAUCUUUUUGUAAAAAGAUGACGUUUCUACAUUUAGAGUAUUAAUUUUUUAUAUUUAUUUGAACAUUUAUCUUAUAUAAAAACACACUCAUAUUCACCCAUAAUUCUGAAUUCUUCUUUAAACGUCACUGGGCCCUAGAACGCUCCAUCAACAUGUGAUAUAGUACAUACAGUAUGCUGUAGGUGUGGGUUAGGAAUCAGUUUAAUAACUUUUUUUAAUUGACAGGUGCUGUUUUGAUUAAAUAUACUAGAUCAUGAGGUGUAUAUGAAACUGUCGAUCACUUCAAGCUUGCUGCUAUAAUCGUUCUGUUGAUUUGGUAGGCACAAUAGUAGUAGUACACUGUUACAGCAGAAUUUAUGACACUAUGAACAAAUAUGAGUGAGGAGCAGCUGCUGAUUGGCUCCUUUCACCAUUAAUUGUGUCUCUUUUCACGAUUUGGAAUAAGAUGUGCAAUCAAAGGAUGAAUAUUUGUGCUCCAGAAGGUCUUAUUAGCUCGUCUGAAGUGGAAAGUGGCACUUGAGUGCAUGUCUUCGCUUGACUGUGAUUGUAUCAUAUAGACUGACGGCAGAGAUCUUAGUUCCUGUAAGCUGAAUGUAAGACUGCUCAGCUCUGACCUUCUAAACAGUGAAAUUCUGAAGAUGUUGUCCUUCACCUGAAUGUACUUUGUCAAAUGUGACAUUCUUUCAUAAAAACAGUGGGCCAAAAAGAUCUGAGGUAAAGAGAAGCACAAAAAUGAUCACAAAAAAGGGUCUAAGUAACUCAGAACUGGUUCCUUUGAAUGCUUUUUUGGAAUGGUAAAUGAAAAACGGGACAAACGAAUCAUUUGGCUGUUGAAUGUGUUAACAUAAGCUAUUCUGAAUGUGAACAACUUCAAAAACCAUAGAAACAUCUACUUGCACUGUAUUUCCUACCUAGUCUUAAAAAUAAAAGGUGCUCAGAGGAGUUCUUGAGUUUGAGUUUUGAGGGCCCAUAUCAAGAGAAUUGUCCUUGCUAUAUUUAUUUAUUUAUUUUAUUUAUUUAUGAAUGAUAGUUUGACAUACUUUUAAGUUUCAAAACUUACUGUCCACUCCCUAGUCCAUAUAUGGCAAGGGUGUCCAAACUUAUCCACAAAGAGCCAGUGUGGCCGCAGGUUUUCACUCCAACAAAGCAAGAGGUCACCUAAAGAAACUUUGAGAACUAAGACCAACUCAUUAAACAAAUGGUUUCAGGUGUGCUGCAGCUUGUUUGGAGUGAAAACCUGCAGCCAUACUGGCCCUAAGAGGUUAAGACAAUAAAAGCCUCCUGACUUAACUUGACCUGAAGAUUGGACACCAAUAACAUGUAAAAACUAGGCUGCAAAACAACCUGGUUUGUGAUGUCACAAAAACCAAGCACAUUUACAAAUGUUAUUUAGCCUGCUGCAGUGCUGCACCUAUUCAUGCUGAAGUUAUAAGGAGUGUUUCAUCCUAGACUGCCUUUUGAAUGGGCAGCCAAUUUACAUCUAGUUGAUAUACAUACAUCAAGAUGUACAGAGGUCAUUUACAUAUAUCAGUCUUAAAGGCACAGUAACAGCCUCAGGGGGAGAGGAAUUAAGACACAAGAAAUAUGUAGGAUAUGGGCCCUUUAACCCAACGGAUUUCUUCUGUGGCAUCACUCCAAAGAACCUCACUUAGCACCCUUUUUUAUUUUAUUUAUAUUGAAAGUCUGUUGUGUUUACUUUAAAUUGUGUUAACUUUGACAGAUCUUCCAUGGAAUCAUUUGUAAAUGUUUUGUGAUUGCUUCAUUUCAGUCUUACUUUGAAGUGUAUAUUUUAUUCCAUUUAUUUUUUGAGGUCUGGAUUAUUCAGCUCAACCCAGGAUGAUCUAAAGUCACCUAAAUCCGGAAUAGCGUAAAUCUGUUCUCAGUCUAAGCAGACGUAGUACAGUAGCUGAUCCAAAUCCACUGCUUUUGUCCUCAUAAUUCAUUUUCAUCUGUAAAUUCUGUCCAUAGACAACACUUCAGUAAGUUAACAGACAAUAUAAAGAUUUACUUGCAUCUGUUGCUUCACUGUAACCACCACUAUAUUUGUCUUAAAAGGAGCCUCUAGCAUGGAAAGGCUUCCGAGACAUGACGUUAGCACAAUGAGGAGUCCACUGAUGAGCACAAAAGAUGGAGAGUGGAGAACUUCUGUACGCAGCAGCAUGCAAAAUGCUUUUUCUUUUAAAAAUAGAGAGUAAAACACAUUUAUCUGCUGUGUGAUUGUCUAUACUUCUGUAACAAAGUCCUAUGUGAACAAUAUGCUCUGGUCAACCUCCUUUUUUAUAGAUAGGACACUGACCGUAUACUAUUGUUAUUUGAGAAAGUAUUCUAGAUCAUAUGCAAAGUCCAGUGAGCAGAUGGUUAAGCUGGUUACCGAUUGUAUGUUUCUAUAGCCGUAUGACUGGCUCUUUGUUGUCUUUUUGUUUGAAUAUGUAGUGACACACAGCUUUUCUUCUGACCGCCAGCAGGGAGUGGCUUUGCGUCCAAGUAGCAUUCAUCCAACAGUGGUGCAUCUGCAACAGGCCAAACCCUGGAAUAAACUGUUUCCUCAA